UCUUGGAAUUUCAACCUUUACUUAUUAUUACGAAUUACUGGAGAGAGUAUCGCGGUUAACUUUCCGUGACUCUCUUAGUAUGAGGUGCUUACCGAGUUUAGCAUGAUUGACAAUGUGGGCACCCGGUUACGUACGAAAUUCCAUAUUCAUGACCAAAUGGGACUGUUUCAAAAAUGAUAGAGUUUCUUAUCAGUUGUGACUUUAAUAAGGUGUUUUCUCGUACGUUAAAGUUCAAAACAUCAUGUAUUAAAGAGACCCUGGCUAAGUGUUCUACAAAUAUUGCUUUUAGUCAAUGUUGGUACAAUAUACAUUUUCAGAUUGUUAAGAUCGUUCCUUUUUCUUUAUAUCACAGAAGAAAAUAUGGUUCAAUCCGUUCUGUUUUUCGUUCUCAUGGUCUUACCUCUGGCUACCCAAGGAGCGAAGUGGAAGUACGGUAAAACAGAUAAAACAGGCUACGGUCCAGUGGACUGGGGAAAAGUAUCACAGAACUGUGACAAGAGUGCCCAGUCUCCCAUAAAUAUUGAAACCAGCUCGUUAAUAAAGGCCCCGAACGGCAAAGGUUUGAAGCUUACUUGUGACAACUCCGGAUAUGUCAGUGGAAAGAUCGUCAACAAUGGACAUGCUCCAACAUUGAAUAUCGACAAGACCAAAGGAACAUGUCGACUUAGCGGGGGUCCUUUAGGAAAUAGCAAGUACAAACUGCAACAGUUUCAUUUUCAUUUUGGUUGUAAAGACGACGAAGGAUCUGAGCACACUGUGGACGGCGACGCAUAUUCCGGAGAGCUUCACUUGGUGACUUAUAACACAAAGUACCGCGAUUUUGCUACCGCUGCUGAUAAAACCGAUGGCCUGUCCGUUAUUGGUGUAUUCCUUCAGGAGGAAGAUGAUGAUGAUGAUGACAGCAACUAUUCGUUGCGCAGACUGGCUAAGGCAAUGCGGAGGAUAAGGGACAAGGAUCAACAAUUUCAGGUGAAUGGUUUGUCCUUGUUCGACUUGGUGGCUCAACUGAGAGAUCUGUCCGGGAGUUCCUUUUACUCGUACAAGGGAUCUCUGACCACCCCUCCCUGUUACCAGUCAGUCAGUUGGAUUGUGCUUGAGGAGGCAAUUUCUGCUCGUAAAAAAGAGUUGGACGCUAUGAGAGGUCUCCGCAAUCACGAGAAGCAACCCAUGUGUGGCAACUUCAGGCCACCUAAGCCAAUAAACGGACGUACAGUGUCAGAAUUCUCCGGAUAGGCUCGGCUGAUCACAACCACUCGGGACUACAUCGAAGUUACUAUAAAUGUUAUGUAGUGGUAAACUGUUAGGGUAUCAUCGCGUAAAGCGUGUAAAAGUUUAAUUUAACACAAUGUGUAGUGAAAUAAAAAACUAAAAUGAGGUUGUUCAUGACAAAUUUACCAAGUAGAUAGAUAGAUUACUAGUUUAAUUCUUAUAAUUAUCGUGCAUAGUCAGCAAGUGCGGCAAAAAGAAGUUGAAACCUGGAAAGAGUUGCUUGCUGUUAUCCUUUAUUAACUGAAAAAAAGUGAACCCUGUCAAUCACUACGGAUCUGUAGAUCACUGUGGGAAGUAGGGUUGGCGCAGUGGUAAGAGCGUUCGCCUUCCACCAAUGUGGCCCGAUGUGCGAAUCCUGAACCCGGCAACAUAAGUGGGUUGAGUUUGUCGUUGGUUCUCGCCUUGCUCCGAGGGAUUUGCUCCGGGUUCUCCGGUUUUCCUUCCUCCACAAAAAAAACAACUCUUCUAAAUUCCAAUUCGAUCUGGAAACAGUGGACGAAGAGCGUCUAUUCCUAUUAUUUGUUUAUUUAUUUAUUUAUUUAUUUAUUUAUUUAUUGUAUUCAUUGACCUUCUUGACAUGCCUUGAAUUUGUUUCGUGUAAAAAAUAAUCCAAGCUGUGAACACGAUACUGUUGCUACAAGGGAAAAGACUUUCUAAAACUUUCGAAAUUAAUGAUAAGUGAAUUAAUACUCGGGCUUUUACAGCGCAGUUUCAGUGUUUUCAAGAGAAGGAACAUU